AUGGGAGAUCCCUUAUUCUACAGUUUAGUUCUCAUCUUCUUUUCUCUGCUUCUCAUCAACCUUUUCAUAACCAAUAGAUCACGUAACUAUAAGAAUCUACCCCCAAUCCCACCUUGCCUUCCUGUCAUCGGUCAUCUCCACCGAACCCUCCAAUCUCUCCCCGCUAAAUACGGCAAAAUCCAACUACUCCGAUGGGGUUGUCGGCGAGUUGUCUUGAUCUCCUCGCCGUUGAUCGUUGAAGAGUGUUUCACUAAGCACGAUAUCGCCUUCUCCAACCGCCCGUUCUUGCUCGCCGGAAAACACUUCCACUACAACUACACAACCGUUGCCGUAGCUCCCUACGGCGACUUAUGGCGCAACCUCCGCCGCAUUAUGUCUCUCGAGAUCUUCUCCUCGUUACGCAUGGCUCUGUUUUCAAGUAUCACAAGACAAGAAGUCCGGUUGUUACUCGAUCAAAUCUCCAGGAGUUGCAGUUCGGGUAUGACAAAGGUUGAUCUUAAGUCCAAGUGUAUCAAUCUUCCGUUUAAUGUGAUGACGAUGAUGAUCGUGGGGAAGCGGUAUUACGGAGAAGAUGUAGGAGAAGCUGAGGAAGCAAAGAAUUUUCGAGAAGCUAUUAGGGAUGCAAUGGAGUUAAACUCAACAGCAAAUUUGGGGGACUUUUUGCCAUUUUUACAGUGGGGUGAUGUAUCAGGGUUGGAGAAGAAGAUGACUAUGGUUUCGGAUCGUCGUGAAACUUUGUCAUCGAAUUGUGAUCAAAACAAGGGUGGAGGAGAGGUCAGGAAGUUGCUGAUUGAUAACUUAUUGUUGCUUCAGCUAACAGAACCCGAGCUCUACACUGAUGCGAUCAUCAAAGGCAUCAUUCUGGCGUUGUUGGCGGCCGGCACUGAGACUGAUUCAACGACAUUAGAAUGGGCCAUGUCACUAUUGCUGAACCAUCCAGAUCAGUUGGAUCAAGUCAGAGCUGAGAUUGACAUCAAGAUCGGACAAGGGCGUCUGUUGGAUGAGCAAGACUUGCCAAAUCUGAAUCACUUACAAAAUGUGAUCAAUGAGACACUGCGUUUGUACCCUCCUGUUCCACUGUUAGGGAUUCGUGAAGCCUCGGCGGAUUGUGUAGUAGGCGGUUUUGAUGUGCCCUGUGGUACAAUGAUGGUGAUCAACGCAUGGGCUAUUCAUAGGGACCCUGAAUUGUGGCAUGAGCCAACACAAUUUAAGCCAGAGAGAUUUGAAGGAUGGAGUGGUGAAGGUCCUCAAGGAUAUAGGCUAAUUCCAUUUGGUGGCGGAAGACGAGGUUGUCCCGGGGCUGGCCUAGCCAACCGGUUAAUUGCACUGGUGUUAGGAAGCUUGAUUCAGGCAUUUGAGUGGGAGAGGAUUAGUGAAGAGAAGGUGGACAUGAGUGAAGGUUUAGGACUUACCAUGCCCAAGAUCAAGCCAUUGGAAGCCUUGUGCAAACCACGCCCUUUGAUGCAGAAGCUUCGAAUUCAAUUCGAAAAUUAGGACAUGAAGGAAAUCCCACUUAAAUCAUU